AUGAGCGAGCAGUACACCCCCGAACAAGUUGCGGAGCACAACUCUCCCGAAUCUCUGUGGAUCAUCAUUGACGGUAACGUUUUCGACCUCACUGAAUUCCAGAAAGAACACCCCGGCGGAAAAAAGAUUCUCAAACGAGUCGCAGGAAAAGACGCUACCAAGUUUUUCCACAAAUACCACGACGCCCCCAAGAUUAUGCGAAAGGUUGGACACAAGUUCAAGAUCGGAACCCUUAAAGACGCUGAAGCAAACCCCACUCGAGCCAUGAUUGCCCCUAACAAGACCACCGCCCUCGAGCCCUACGGAGACCUUGUCCCCUACGCCGACCCCAACUGGUACCACGGCUACCACAACCCCUACUACAAGGAGUCCCACGCCAAGCUGCGUGACGAGGUCCGACAGUGGGUUGAGGAGAAGAUUGAGCCCUUCGUUGAGGAAUGGGAUGAGGAGAAGGAGGUUCCCAAGGAGAUCUUCCAGGAGAUGGGCAAGCGAGGUUACCUUGCCGGCUCUCUCGGCACCCCCUACAAGGAGCUGGCCAAGUACACCAACGUCAAGCCCGCCUCUGUGCCCAUUGAGGAGUACGACAUGUUCCACGAGCUCAUCAUCACCGACGAGAUCAUGCGAGCUGGCUCCGGAGGUCUCACCUGGAACCUGCUUGGUGGCUACUGUAUUGGUCUGCCUCCCGUGAUCAAGUUCGCCAAGGAGCCCCUUAAGGAGCGAAUCCUCCCCGGCCUGCUCGACGGUUCCAAGCGAAUCUGUCUGUGUAUCACUGAGCCCGACGCUGGCUCCGAUGUUGCCAACAUCACCACUACCGCCGAGAAGACCCCCGACGGAAAGUUCUACAUUGUCAACGGUAUCAAGAAGUGGAUCACCAACGGUAUCUGGGCUGACUACUUCACUGUUGCCGUCCGAACCGGUGGCCCCGGCUCUGGCAUGAACGGUAUCUCUGUUCUGCUGCUCGAGCGAGGCAUGGAGGGUCUUGAGACCCGACGAAUGAACACUCAGGGUAUGCUGUCUUCCGGCUCUACCUGGGUCACCAUGGAGGAUGUCAAGGUCCCCGUGGAGAACCUGCUCGGCAAGGAGAACAAGGGUUUCAAGGUCAUCAUGACCAACUUCAACCACGAGCGAGUUGGUAUCAUCAUCCAGGCAAACCGAGCUUCUCGAGUUUGCUACGAGGAGGCCUGCAAGUACGCCCACAAGCGAAAGACUUUCGGCAAGCCUCUGAUUGAGCACCCCGUCAUCCGAGCCAAGCUCGCCAACAUGGCCAUUCGAAUCGAGUCCACCCACGCCUGGCUCGAGAACCUGGUCUUCCAGUGCCAGAUGUUCCCCGAGGAGGAGGCCAUGCUUCGACUUGGUGGUGCCAUUGCUGGUUGCAAGGCCCAGGCCACCCAGACCCUCGAGCUGUGUGCCCGAGAGGCUUCCCAGAUCUUUGGUGGUCUUUCCUACACCCGAGGCGGUCUCGGAGGUAAGGUUGAGCGACUGUACCGAGAGGUCCGAGCCUACGCCAUCCCCGGUGGAUCCGAGGAGAUUAUGCUGGAUCUGGCCAUGCGACAGGCCCUCAAGGUCCACAAGGCUGUUGGCGCCAAGCUUUAA